AUGCAGGUGAAACACACCCAAAAGACCUAGUCAGUCACAAUGUUGACGUUCUUGCUUCUUGUAUGUGUGGCCCUAGCAUCUGCUCACCAUUCCGGUGAGCACUUUGAAGGUGAGAAGGUGUUCCGUGUCAAUGUUGAAGAUGAAAAUCAAGUCAGCUUACUCCACGAGUUGGCCGGCACCACCGAGAUUGACUUCUGGAAACCAGACUCUGUCGCACAAAUCAAACCUCAAAGUACAGUUGACUUCCGUGUUAAAGCAGAAGAUGUUUUCACUGUGGAAGAUUUUCUGGAGCAAAAUAAACUACAAUAUGAGGUAUUGAUAAACAACCUGAGAUUGGCGUUCGAAGGCCAGUUUGACAGCCACGUCCGUGCAACUGGACACAGUUAUGAGACGUACAACAAAUGGGAAACGAUAGAGGCUUGGACUCAACAAGUCAGCACUGAGAAUCCAGGUCUCAUCUCUCGCAGUGCCAUCGGAACAACAUUUGAAGGACGCACUAUGUAUCUCCUCAAGGUUGGCAAAGCUGGACCAAAUAAGCCAGCCAUUUUCAUGGACUGUGGUUUCCAUGCCAGAGAGUGGAUUUCCCCUGCAUUUUGCCAAUGGUUUGUGAGAGAGGCUAUUCGCACAUAUGGACGUGAGAUCCACAUGACAGAACUUCUCGACAAGUUAGACUUUUAUGUCUUGCCUGUGCUCAAUAUUGACGGCUACAUUUACACCUGGACCAAGAACCGAAUGUGGAGAAAGACUCGCUCCACCCAGGCAGGAACCACCUGCGUUGGCACAGACCCCAACAGAAAUUUUGAUGCUGGUUGGUGCAAAGUCGGAGCCUCUCGAAAGCCCUGUGAUGACACUUACUGUGGACCUGCUGCAGAGUCUGAAAAAGAGACCAAGGCCCUGGCUAAUUUCAUCCGCAGCAACCUCUCUUCUAUCAAAGCAUAUCUGACAAUCCACUCAUACUCCCAAAUGAUGCUCUAUCCUUACUCCUAUGAUUAUAAACUCACAGAGAACAAUGCUGAGUUGAAUGCCCUGGCUAAAGCUAGCAUAAAAGAACUUGCCACACUGCAUGGCACCAAGUACACAUAUGGCCCAGGAGCUACAACAAUCUAUCCUGCUGCUGGGGGCUCUGACGACUGGGCUUAUGACCAAGGAAUCAAAUAUUCCUUUACCUUCGAACUCCGGGAUAAAGGCAGAUACGGCUUUGUCCUCCCUGAAUCCCAGAUUCGGCCAACGUGUGAGGAAACGAUGCUGGCCAUCAAGCACCUUGCCAGAUACGUCCUGGAGCAUCCAUACUAGCAGAAAAUGCUGACAGCCUUGCUUCC